GCACUACAGAAUUCUCCCCUUCCACCUCAAAUCUUCACGUGACUCCUCUUGCUGACCGCCUAAGUAAGUCGAACAAGCGUCGGUGCAAUCAGUUCACGUAUUUCCGACUCUCGUGUACGAUAAUCCCAUGGGUGAGAUAGUGCCGCAGGAUGAUCUCGUCGAGCGUCUAGUCAAAUCCUCGGAGGAGAUCCCGGUCUUAGUCGCGGCCGUUCUGGAGGCGCUACAGCUGCUGGGUUCCAAGCAUGACCCCGAAUCCAUGUCGUCCGAGCUGCAAGCUGCCGCCGACUACGCGCAAACCGAGCUGCCCAAGCUGCGCAGACUCGUGCGGCUCGCCAUGCGGCCGUUCGAAGCCGCGCACCACUUCGAUCUGCCGCGCUUCCACGACGCGUUGCUAGAAAUUGGCUCAUCACAUGACGAGGACGCGAAGGAGGUGUGUGAUAUCAGAGCGGCACACCGCCGCAUCGACGAUGCUGUCACCUUCAAGCUGCAGCAGCAGCAGCAACCUCUGGAGGAGGUGGACGGGGAUCACCUGCAUGAGCAGACUGCGCACGAGCAGCAGCAGCAGCAGCCCCUGCUCGCUGACUACUCCCAACCGCAAGAUCUUCUCCGCCUCUUCCACUCUAACAUUCGCCAGCUCGCCAGCACCGCAGUCGAGGUCUCUGAUCACUACCUUGGCUUCGCCCAGCAGCUAGCGCACAUGCUCCAACCCUCCCCGGGCUCCGACUCCCCAGCGGCACCUCUCAGGGUAGAAGCAGCCCUAGAGCCGCUGCACAGGUCUCUUGCAGAGAGAGCCGGCCGCAUGGCCCUGGUAUGGCAGCACAUGUGCGUGCUGCAGGGGCAGGCGGAGAGGGGGGUGAGCCACCUGCAGGAGGCAAUGCGGAUAGCGGCAGGAGGAGCCAGGGCUGGUGGGGAGGUGGGGGAGGAGGGGAUGCAGCAGGGGGUUGGGGAGGUGCAGCGUGGUGGAGAGGGUCGUGUGGAAUCCUCGUUGUGGGCAUGGCUGGGUGACAUUUCGUGGAAGAAUUCGAUGAAAGUUCUGGUCGUGUCAAUUCCGGUGAUCGUCGUUGUUGGCUUGUAUCAUAAGAUUCGUGUCGUUGGUUUCCGUGCGCUACUACAAGAUGCGCUCCCGUGCAGGUGGUUUGCCUUUGGGGGCCAACAUUCGUAGUUUCCACUUGCUAGGCAGGUACUCUGUGCCUACAUAGGUCCCUGUAUGUACAGUUAUGUAAGCAAGUUUGGGAGCAGUGACUAGUAUUAGAACUCAGCAUAUUUAAAAAGCGAAAACGGCAAAUGCUAGAAU